AUGGUCUCCCUCAGACACAUCCUGGCCGGUCUGGCCAUUGUGCCCGCUGCCCUCGUCAGUGUCAGCGCCGCACCCUUCGACGAGCGCUGUGACGAGUGCGACAAGCAUGCUCCGAAGGUGUUUAUCAUCUCGAUGUUCGCCCCUGAAGCAGAGGUAUGGUGGGGAAUCCCCGACUUCAACCUCCUCGCACACAACAUCAGCAUCCCCGGUCUCUCGCCGUUGUUCCCUCAUGUGCACUGCACCCACAACCACGAAGUCUGCCAAGUGAUCACCGGCGAGAGCGAAAUCAACGCCGCGACAACCAUCUCUGCUCUCGCGUUCAGCGACGAAUUCGAUCUGACAUCCACCUAUUUCAUGGUUGGCGGCAUUGCAGGAAUCAGCCCAGAAGUCGCGACCACCGGCUCAGUCACGUUUGCGCGGUACGCAGUGCAAGUUGCGUUGCAAUACGAGCUUGAUGCGCGCGAGAUUCCCGCCAACUGGUCAACUGGUUAUUUCGCGCAAGGGUCGUAUGGACCGGAUCAAUACCCAGGAAGUAUCUAUGGCACAGAAGUGUUCGAAGUCAACGACAACCUCAAGUCAAUGGCAGUUGCGUUUGCACGCAAGGGAAAAUUGACGGAUAGUGCACAGGCUGCUUCGUAUCGCGCAAAUUACCUCAAUGGCGACGGCGCCAGUAUUUAUCAGGCUGGUGCCGCUCCUCCAUCCGUUGUGGAAUGCGACGUUGCUACCUCCGAUGUUUACUACACGGGUAAGCUGUUGAGUGAAGCAUUCGCCAACACAACCUCGCUCUUUACAAAUGGAACGGGAACAUACUGCAGUACCGCGCAGGAAGACAACGCCACGCUCGAAGUUCUCCUCCGAGCGGCACUACACAAGCGUGUCGAUUUUGCGCGUAUUAUCGUCAUGCGUACGGCGUCGGAUUUUGAUCGCCCUUACCCCGGUGAGGAUCCUGCGUACCAUAUUCUGUAUGCAAACCAGGACGGAUUCGAGAUUGCCCUGCAAAACAUUUAUAAUGCAGGUGUGCAUGUUGUCCAGGGGAUCUUGGAUGGGUGGAAACAUACGUUUCAGCAUGGUGUCAAGCCCGACAACUAUAUUGGAGACAUCUUUGGUACCUUGGGAGGCAACCCCAAUUUCGGGCCGGGACGAGCAGUUGCGUUGAGUGAGGGGGGUGCGUUGUUGACCAAGAGGGGUGCGGCUAGUAAAAACAUGAGGUCGAUGAGACAGAGGGGUGUUGUUUUGGCUAAGCCGUAA